CAGGUAAUUAUCAGGAAGGAAGGAAUGGCUGAUCAUGAUGAUGCAGUCCUUGUCGAUUGUGAAGAAGUUCCCGAUCUUUCGUACGAACCAAGACAAGUUACUCCUUCUCUUUCGCUCAAAGAUGGACAUGUAAAUCCAGGGGGAAAUUUUUCGUUGGCAGGAAACAGCGGAGAGAUUUCAAGUCGUCAGGAGAACUCGGUCCCUGAACUUAUAAUCGCUGUGUUUGUUGUGCAGUUUGACACGCGAAGAGGUAAGCUUAUUUCAUAAAAGCCUAGAUUUAUCAAUGUACCACCAUACUACCUAAGGCUUUUUUGGUACUGAGUGGAACGUUUCGUUUUGUUCCCCUCGAUACGCUCGAUUUCUAACAUAUAUGUAUAAUACAAAAAAUAUAUAUUUUCUUUCUUUCUUUUUUAAUUUUUGACUGUAUCAUUUUUCUCAGGUAUGAAGUUAUAAUUUCAUUAACCUCACUUUGAUAAAUUGGAUUGUACUGUUUAGUGUCAAUAUGCAAUUUUAUUCAUGCUGUACUUAAAUGUUAAUAUCCUUUUACUUUCCCUAUUUGUUUUUGAGCAUGGUGAGGUAUGAUAAUGAGUUUGAAAAGAAAGAAAAUGAAAGUUGAACCAAGGAUAGUAACCAUAACAAUAGUAACUCUUCUUCCUGUUCCAUCUUUUUGGUUUUACACUGGAACGUAAUGUUUCUCUGUCUGAACAUGUGUCCUCCAUGACUUGGAUCUUCCCAGUUUCUGUUACUUGUGUCCCUUACACAUAACAAACCCAGAAUAAGCAUACCUUAUUUACUCAAUUAAGUGCCGCAGCACUCAUGGUGUUUCUUUGAAAGUUGGACGCAACAAAGAAUUGUUUGAACUAUGGUAUUGCUAUUUGGUGUAUUAAAGUAACAGAAUUAAGGUCUUUUGAUUUUCAUUAUAGCAGGGCCAUGGUGCUAAACUCUUAUAAUAAUUGUUUUAAUACCAGAUUGAAAACCUUUAAAGACAGCUUCAAUCCCAAACAUGCAUAUUUUAAGAACCAGGUGUGCCUUCUACAAACAGGAAUGAGGUGUCAAUUGCAAUGCCAACCAACUGUUGGUGAUAAAAUAAUGUAUGUCUUGGAUAUCGUGGCAAGUAAUGAAUUGACUGUCAACCAGCUAUUGUCUGACAGACUGUCCUACAAUCAGUGACAAAAUUAUUUGAGACACUUUGCCAUAAAGGGGUUCUCUAACAUAUUUAAAAAAAGGAAAUUAAAUAAAGCUUUCCCUCCCCCAUCUCUUCCAAGCAAUGUUGUGUCACCAUUCGAGCUACUUGUAGAAAGCAACAAACACCUUAGCUUUGAAUGGAGGGGGAGGGGUGUGGAUUGUUUUGUUCUAUGAAGUUGCCGCAUUUGAGGACAAAAUAAUUAAUGCAUGCAUGUUUGGAAAUGGACCAUCCAUAUAUCAACCCACACUUGAAUGACACUUGACUCACAGUCGACCAACACAGCUUGUACUCGACCAAUACAUCUGUUGAGUACUCUAGACAAUAUCUAGAGACUUAUAUGUUGGUCAACUUCCCUUAUGAGACAGAAGAUCCAGGAAAUUUAUGAUCUAUGGGAUAUCAGCUCCUUAACUCAGUGUGAUGUGCUACUCUUUCAAGUAAAUAUAGAGUAAAUUUGUUGCUGUCUAUAAUAUGUUACUUUACAACUAAAAUGUCAUGUAGUAAAGUUUAAAUCCCCCUUUUUAAUUAGGAGCCCAACGUUUACUUUUAUUGUUGUUUGUUAGGAAAUGAAAUUGAGUGGAAGUAUCCAACAUCUGUAAAUUUGAUAGGGGUUGAAUUCAAGGCCCUUGCUAGUGGUUCUCAUACAAUCACAAAAGAUUUUAUGUAAGUAUUGAGUAGAUGUAUAAAACUUACAAUAAUCAUGUGGUUCUUACCUUAACAGCUGGUUUGUAGAUGAUAAUAGUUUGUGUUGUGUAAGCAAGUACUUAAACCAUCAUUUGCCUUCUUAUAACCUACAAUAAAAGGUUCUAUCAGCCCAUCAGGUAGCCUGUGAAUAGAGUUUGACUAAUAGUCACGGGUCGCGGGUCACGGGUCGCGGGUCCAAAGUCGCAGUCGCGGGGCCAAUGUCGCGGUCGCGGGUCCAAUGUCGCGGUCGCGGGUCCAAAGUCGCGGUCGCGGGUCCAAUGUCGCGGCAGGGGAAAAUGAUUUGGGGUUCGAGGUAACAGCUGAGUGAAAACGGCUGAUAUGAACACAAUAUAAAGGGAAAAACUCUUUUUUAUGCACGAUACUCCACGGUAGCCAAUUUACAGGUUACGGAUGUUAGAGUCAACAAAAUAAUGUCUCAAGAAAAGACCUAAAAGAAAAAGCUGGCCGAUUUCUGUCUUCACCGCAAGUUUAUUUUGUUUUCUUUCUAUCGGGCCCAGUUAUACUUAUGCAUAACAGUAUCUGAUAAAAAAGUUACCAUAAGUUACCAUUGCUUUUUUCUUGUCGAUGAAUUGCUCACAAAUGCUUAGGGGUUCAUUUACUGAAAAAUAUGCGAUACACUUCAUAGACUACAGAUUAUAAACGUUACAGGGGCACCCAACGAGAAUAUAGUUCAAAACCACAUAAACAUAGCAUUGUUGAAUGUACUUUAGUAUUUAAACGUUAGAUAAAGGCUUAUUUUUAUCCCCUAAAAAUUUUUCAUCUGUUCGGAUUUCCUAGCUGAAAGUAUAGUGAUCCGAAAAUUAUAGGGAUCAAAAUAUACCUUUUCGAAAAUUUCAGCUAGAAAAAAGGCUCCCGAAAAUUCUAGGUGACCUUUUUAGGGUAAAAAUCCGUUAAAAAUGGGCAAUUAUACGAUUGUUUUGAAGUUCGAAAAUCCUAGGAGAGGCAGGCAAGCAAGAAAUUUUUCAGAAAAUGAUCCGAAAAUUCUAGACCUCAAAUCGUCUUCCGAACAGAUAAUUUUCCGAAAAUUGUCGUUGGGUGUCCCUGACGUUACAACAGCUUAAAGCCUUUUUUUUAAAAAAGUGAACUCGGGCUCAAAAAGCUAUGAGUUUGUCGGUAGAAGAAACGAGAACUCUUAUAUUUAACAAAUGUUUUCGAAAACAAAACUGAAACAAAACUGAAAGAAAAUGUGAAUAGGCGCAUGAAACUUCAUUCAAGCGGUAUUCAAGGCAUGAAUUUAAUAUGGAAACAAGUAAUAAUCCACAGAAAGGAGUCUGUUCCUCGAAGCAAGAUUUUCGCUUAAUGCUUUUCUUUUUACAACUAAGACGGCAACCCAGAGUGUUCAAUAUAACUUCUUGUUCUCUUCACCUAAAUGACAACCAGGACCACCUGACAAUAGGAAGCCAUUCAAUGUGCGUCUCAGUCAAAUCUUGAAAACAUGCAUCGUAAAUAACCAAGUGAGUAAGUAGGUAAGGAAAUAAUAACGCCCGAUAUCAUGAAGCUGAAAAAGAAAGUAAACCAGACACUGAAAACGGUAAGUUAUCAACUACACCAGAGCUAAGAAAAGACAGUAAAUUAGGUAAGUAAUUCCAGAUUCCAGGUACUGGAUUCAAGUCUUUGUCAGUAGAACCAAGAGACUAUGAUCUAUUCUGUCUUGGUAGAACUUGGAUUCCGGAUUUCAAUCGUUAGUGGAAACAAACUCCUCCUGUGGACAAGAGAGGAUAAAGCUCGAGCUUUAUCCCCUCUUGCUGUGGAUUAUUACUUGUUUCUAUAUUAAAUUCAUGCCUUGAAUACCCACUUGAAUGUACUUUACUGGCACUUUAAGCCCAACGUCUCUCCUCCUCUUUCCAGUUACUUGUGCAAAGAGUUUAUUUUGGGAGUUUGCGGUUAGGAAGUUUUUCAACAAGCGUUUUCUUUAUUUUUGCCGAAAACAUUUGUUAAAAUUGAAACAGUUCUCGUUUCUUCUACCGACAGACUCGUAGCUUUUCGCGCUCGAGUUAGCCUUUUUUAAAAAAGGUUUUAAGUUGUUCUAACGUUUAUAAUUUAUAGUCUAUGAAGUGUAUCGCACAUUUUUCAGUGAAUGCACCCCUAAGAAUUUGUGAGGAAUUCAUAGACAAGAAGAAAACAAUGGUAACUCAUGGUAACAUUUUUUAUCAGAUACAGUACUGUUAUGCAUAAGUACAUUGAAAGCUGAAUUUAUACAUAACUGGGCCCGAUAGAAAGAAAACAAAAUGAACUUGCGGUGAACAUAAAAGUCGGCCAGCUUUUUCUUUUACGUCUUUUCUUGAGACAUUAUUUUGUUGACUCUAACAUCCGAAACCUGUAAAUUGGCUACCGUAGAGUAUCAUGCGUAAAAACGAUUUUUUUUUUCCCUUUAAAUUUUUUUCAUAUCACUCGUUUUCACUCAGUUACCUCGAACCCCAAAUCAUUUUUCCCUGCCGCGACAUUGGACCCGCGACCGCGACUUUGAACCCGCGACCGCGACAUUGGACCCGCGACCGCGACUUUGGACCCGCGACCGCGACUUUGGACCCGCGACCGCGACUGUGGACCCGCGACCCGCGACCCGCGACUAUUAGUCAAACUCCUGUGAAUACAGCCAUCUCUCCUUACUGCUCUCAUCUAGGUAUUUUUUGUGGUAGAGAUGUCUGCAAUUCGGCCCUAAAAGUUCCAUACUGAUAAUGAAAAUCAAUGUUUACAUACCUUGUUAUAGGAAAUUAACGCUGCAUGAAAUUAACGCGAAUCGUUAAAAUUCACGUUAAUUUAAGUCGCGUUCAUUUUGUUGAGCGUUAAUUUCUGCGACGUUAAUUAAGUGCAGCGUUAAUUUCUGCUCUGUUAAUUUCCAGUGUUUUAACCCCAAUUUUGGAACCUGUCCAGACAUUCUUGCCACCUAAAAAACACUAGCUACAAGCUUUCUCUCUUUCCAUUUACCCUUUUUUCAUCUUUCACAAAAGCUAAGGCGAAAGUUUACAAUAUUUCGCGUUCAUCUUCAUCAUUGUCGCUGUCAGAAGUGAUGUCAGUAUCUUCUCCUUUGACCAGCUUUGUCUUAAUCGCGUUAAUUUCCUUUAUUAUGAAAUUCUACCUCCUCUUUCGCGUUAAUUUUCUUUAUUUGAAAGUCUUUGUCCAUUAAAUUUGCGUUAAUGGGUUAUUCCAGAAAAAAUCCACACCCCCCCGACGGAUGGGGUCCUUUUUUAACCCCCCCUCUCACCUGGAUUUCCUGAAGCACAAGACCCCCUCCCAACUGGAUUUCCAAGGUGGAAGAGCCCCCCUCCCGCCUGGAUUUCCGGGAAAAAAUAAAAGGCUUAAAUUUAAUUUAUUUUUAAUGGAAAAUACACGCAAACACGUCUAAAUGUUUUUGUUUUAAUUGCUAAAGCUUCAGCUUAUAUUAAACUAAGAAUUCUAUCGCGUGGAACUAAAAACGAAAGGAGAAAAAAACAAAAAUGCGAACGACACCUGAACAGUGUUUACAUAAUUUCUUAGCUUAUAAAAAUCACUCUUCGCUCUUGGCGCACGGGCUCUGGGCACAGUAGAAAUGUGUCAGGCGUUUGACGCUCCUCGUGACAACAACGUUGUGACGAGUUCCUUCAGGCCCGUUCUUUAGUAUCUUGUUCGCGUUUUCUGCGAUAAAAGGACCUGUAAAGCAACUUAGAUUAUCAUUUAUGUCAGGUGAGAAAUAUAUGAACAAAACAUUUUGACUAUUUUCAGGGUCUGAAAGCGCUUAAGUGUCAUCGAACUAAACGUUUGAUUUGUAUCAACUAUCGGUCGAAAUGACCCCUGCAGAAGACUUUUUUAAGGUCAACCCCCCCUCCCGCCUGGAUUUCCGGAGUAUUCGACCCCCCUCCCGCGAGAAUUUCCAGAAUCCCAUCCGUCGGGGGGGUGUGGAUUUUUUCUGGAACAACCCAAUUUAAGUCGCGUUAAUUUCCAAUACCUUAAUUUAGUGGCGCGUUAAUUUCCUAUAAUAAGGUAAUCUAGCGAGACAGCUGCUGUACAGUCAGACCUCUGUUAACCCUUUAGGUCCCAAGAGUGACCAACAUCAAUUUUCUCCUAACAACAUCAGCAGAUCAUCAAGAGUAAAGGUUAUGAGAAUUACUAAAUUGAUUACCAAAGGGAGAAUGCUUUGAUCCUAAACCAAAUUCUCUCAACUAUUCGUAAAAGAAAUGUAUGGAGAUCAGUCUGGAGAAUUUGUCUGUGGAUCUUAGGGCUUAUUAAGCAGCACCCUUGGGGUACUAGUAAGUGCCCACUAAGUAACGGAGGUUGGUCACUCAAUAGAGGUUCGUCAUAAAUUAACUUAAUCUUCAGCAGAAACAAUCAUCACUUUAUUUUGAAACAAACAUGUACAUGACGGGAGCAGCAUUACUGGUUCACAGUCAGUCGUCUCCUAUCUUGCACUGUAUUUUCCUUUAUCAUAUAAUAAAUCUUAAAAUAAAGCUCGACUAAAAGUAUCAAGCGCUUUUUUGAUGGCUGCUUUUAUAGAGCUUAAAACAAUGGAAGAACUCUUCUUGGGAUGGCCGAAAGGUAGCUGCGGCCGCUUAGUAGGGGUGGCCACUUGAUACAAGUUUAAUUUCACAUUUUUUUCUACAAUUAUUUCGGGACAUUGAUUACAGGCCACUUACUAGUCAAGAGGGUGGCUGCUUAAUGGAGGUUGAACUGUAUUUGCCGCCUAUUCAUCAAGAUUUUUUUAUCUUUGUUUACUGAACAUUUCUUCUAUUCUUUGAAAGUAAGUUCUUUAUUUCUUUCAUUAGAUAUUUCAAAACAAAAGAUGGACUUUAUGGACUGAGCUGUUUUGAGAGAAUAGCUGUUGAUAAUGUGGCUGAGAGAGGGGCCCGGAUGAAAUCAGUUGGUAUUUUGUGUGCGAAAUACACUUCAUUACAUGAACACAUGCCAUUCCUUGAAGAGGAAGUAAGGUACGCAAUAUCAAUCAUUAACCCUUUAAUCCUUUUAAUAUAUAUUGUGACCUUAUAUUUCUCCAUACUCUUUUUUUACACUUCUGAUGAUAAUAAUAAGGAGAAUAUAUAUUUUUUAAAACGAAGACUUUUUUCACCUGGUGACCUUUAUAAAUAGUUAGUUAAGCUCUUCUAACCAGGGGAGGGGGGGUACAGCAAAGUUUUAUGCAGGGAGGCUUCACCCAGUGGUCCAACGCUUUACCCUUGACAGAAACGGUACCCCUUUCAUAUACCAUCUAUUGACAAAUGGUACUCCUUCCACAUAUGUACCUAUAGUUGCAGCCCUUUUAACUGCUGAAAAUGCAUCGUCUUUAAAGUAUCAAUGAAUAAAUCACAAAACCAGGAGGUUUUCUUGACUUUUUCAUAACCACAAAAUACAUCUGUGAGUGCUUUCAGGCCUUUAAGACCGAAAUGACAGAUUUUGCUACCCUUUCAUAUAUUUCAACUAGUGAAACCCGUACCCUUUCACAUACCUGAAGCCCCAAAAAGGUACCUCUUUCAGGCACAGCUUCCCUGUAUAAGACCAUCAUAAGGAGAACCCCCGAGGUCCUGUAAGCCAACUCUGUAUCCAGGGCUUUCAAGCAGGUUUAUAUUUAAAUUUUAACAUAUUUAUCCUUUCUGUUUUAACAUCUAGGAGGCAGUUAGAAAAUCCUGGCCAUUAUGAUGAUUUAGAAAACUAUUAUCACAGCUAUAAAAACUGUGUUCUCAGAAACAAUUACAUUCCUUCUCCAACUGAUGAGAAGUUACCAGGGCUGGAUGAAAUACCAGUGUUAAAGGUACUGACUUACUUGCACCAAUUCGUUUGUAAUUCUGUUUAUAACAUUUUUAGAACAAGUGAGAGAAAUAAGUGUCAAAAUAGUUGACUUGGAAAUUCAUUAGAUUUUGAGAAUCUACCGCAUACUGCUCCGAUAAACUCUGUGCUUACCGGUAUACAUCUUUGUGAGGGGAUUUUAAGAGGGCUCAUAAACAGCGGGGCUUAUAUCUAAGGGGGCUUAUACAUGUAACUGGAAAAAAAAGGGCUUUGAAACAACUUUUGCAGUGCUAAUUAGAAUAAAUUUUGUUAUUCCUGGUUUUUAAUUGGGCUUCCAAACAUCAUAAUAAAUCAAAUUAAUUUCAAAAAAGCUAGAGGGUGGCUCAUAUGGUGAGAGGGGUGGGGGAGGGCUUAUGAUCAGAUGGGGGAGGCUUAUAAGCAGGGAGUCUUAUAUUUUGUUUAAGCAGUAGUUCACAAUAUUCUUUCGUACAUGGUGAUAUUUAUCACAGGAAAAUCUCUCUUGGCUUUGACAACAAGAAUAUUCUAAGAGUAUUUUUUUUCCCAAAGUCCUAUUGACCAGCUUUAAUACUUUUGGUUAUGGGAGUUACAAAUAAUAAUUAUUGUUGUUCUGUCUCGUAGAUCACUCAUCCAGCUGGAUGUUUCACUCAGUUUAUCAAGUUCUUUGGAGAACAAAUCUUUGUUCUUUGGAAAUUUGUCCUGUUACAAAAAAGAAUUCUCUUCUUCUCUCCCCCACCUGUGGGCGUGGCUUGUUAUAGAGGUAAGCAACUUACCAAAAAGGUCAAAAUGACCCCUUUUUAUGUUUAAAAAGUGGCUUGGCCGAGUAUCAUUUUUGCACAAAUUUAAUAACGUUUUCUCCAGCAGGCAAAAAAAUUAAAAACAAACCGUGCUGUCCCAAAUGUUAAUUUAUACAAAUACCAAAUCACAAAUUUAACCAUGCAGAUGUGCUUCUUAAGAGGUUUAAUUUGAAAAGAUAGCAUGGGUAGCUGGCAGUUUUGUUGGAGGGUGAGAGCACUAGCAAGCAACAAAGCUAUGAACAGCAGUGGCUAAGCCUUCCCAUUCUGUCCUGCACUUUUAGCUUGCUUGCGCUCCAAGUGCUGCCGCUCUCCAAAUUUUUUGGGCUUUGUUGCACAUUCACACUCCCCUCCCCAACAAAAACCUGCUACCAUUAAAAUAUUCAAAACAUGUCUCUGUAAAUCCUAAUGGUGGCAAAAGAAAAUCACAGAAACAAUCAAAAUCAAAAUUUCUUUCUGUAAAAUCCUAACAAAUAAAUAGCAUCAUGCAAGCGUUCUGCUAAAGAGGUUUCAUUUGAAUGACAACAUCACAGGAUUUCCUCCACGGAUCUCAGUUAGACUGACGAAAUUAAUAACCUUGUAUUGUAUAGGGGUGAAAGAAUUAAAAUUAGCUGUUUCAUGGUUCCCAAAAAUUAGGUGUCCAUAAGAAGUAUGGAGGAAUAUCAUGUUCUAUUUUUGUUGCAGUGUACUGUGCUUGUUUGUUGGCAAGUCAUGGAAUUCCGUUUGGCUUUGAAACUGGUAGCAAUCCCCUCUUUUUCACAAACGUUUGUGAUUUAAGUGCAUUGAAAGAAGAACACAAGUAUGUUGCAUGUAAGUUGGAUGAUUUUGUCUUAAAUAAAUAAGAUUAAUUAUAAUAAUUUUCUUCAGAAGCCAAGAGAGUAGUACACUUCAAUCUAUCACACCGUCUUUUCCUCUUUGUGUUUGUUUUUGUUACCACACAAAGCCACAGACGUUCCAAGAAAGGCUUUUCCCUUCACUGUAAGAAAAUGAAGCAGAAGUGCACCAAAACAAAAAUGUGAGGUUGUGUGUUGUUGACAGCUUAAUCAUCACUCAAGUUGUCAAUUGAAUUACCAAAAUUUAAACAGCCGCCUUGAUAUUCAAACUUAGAUGUGUUGUUCUUUAUGCACAAGGUACAACAGAGAAGAUAUUUGAGAGCAAAUUGGAAGUGUAUGAUGUCUAUGUUGAUAAUCAGAACAUCAAAUGUAAGCAACAUUUGAGUUGGAUUGCUCAUUUUAAUAAUGCUGAUAGAGAUCGACUACAUCAACUGGACUCUUUCAGGUAAGUUGGAAACUCUGAAUCAUGUGUUUGUUUCGUUUUUUGUAAGAUUUAUUUUAAGCUUAGUCAUGGAGUGAGAAAGGUGUGUUCAUCUUGUCAAGGUUGUGACAGAUCUGAGUUCUGAUGGGAUUCACACAGCUUUGAUCUUCAGUCGAAUACACCCAAGCUUGAAAUAAGUUUGUUCUGGUUUAGGGUGUAAAGUGCCCUACUCCAUAGUUCCUUGGAGAUUGUGGAUUCCAAAAAUCUCUUGUACUCUGGCAGAUGAUGGGGUGGCAGAGAAGUAACAAGAUGAGGCACUGAUAAUUCAGGAUUCCCAUACUGCCCUGAAAUUUUCAGAUUUUCUUUUUAUCAAAGAAGUCAAGUUUUACAAACAGAAAGUGUAAAUUGAUGAUUUCCUACCUCAAUAGCAACUGUUCCGUGACUUUUCCGAAAAAUGAAAAAGACUUUAUUUUUUCUCAGCGCCUCUAGCAGAAAAAAAUUUGUGAAGCAAGAAGCUCUUUCGAAAAAAAAAAACAUGGAAAUCAUAUUUGAAAUAACUCUUUCACCCGGUGAAAGUGAAUCCAAGUCAGUCUUGGAUUCUGGAUUCCACGCCGUGGAUUCCGGAUUCCAGGUACUGGAUUCCACUCUCUGUCAGUGGAACUUGGAUUCUUGGUUCCAAUAUUGACUGGGAUUCCCGAUUCUUUGAACUGUAUUGCGGAUUCCAAAGCCCAGAAUUCCGGAUUCCUCAAACACAAUUUUCACGGAUUCCGGAAUCCGUAUUCCCUUACGCUAUGCGAAGUCUUUUUGUAGCUAAGGAUAUUUCUCCUCAUGAUACUUUUCAGCCAUAUGAAUUGUCCGCAGAUCAGAUCACUGUGCUUGCUUUUUGAAGCACCAUUUGAGUUUUGAUGGUGAAAAGUUUAUUUUAUUGUUGUUUUUCGUUUAAAGGCAAGAGCAGCUAUACACAGGUGGCGACGUUUGUGAUGAUGAGAAGAUGUACACAAAGUGAGUGACAAUCUACUUGUUAAAACAAAACGUAUACUUGUAAAAGACGCUAGGAUACUUCACGAGGAUAUUUAAUAUAUUAUAGUGCAAGCCUGCGAUCUCAAGUCUGCUAUGUCCGAACACGCUAAGGACGUAGGCUACUCCAUCGACUGGGCUAGUGUAAAGAUUAUUGGCCAGGAAAACCACCUUCUUUCACGCAAGAUACGCGAAUCCAUAAACAUUCAUACUCGGCGACCGGAAAUGAACCGUGAUGAGGAAGGGAUACAACCUUCCCCCAAUUUAUAGAACAAUUUUGCAGCCUCAUCAAAACGAGGCUGCGAAUAAGAGCAAACGUCAUCACUGAUGAAGGGAUCCGGAUGGGUUCCAAAAGCUCUGCUAAACUAUCAACAAAUUGCUGGUGUUGAGGAAUAUUUUUUUAUAAAAUGUUGUCCCAACAGCAGAAUCUCCACUCUGUCAUUAUAUUGCUGUAUUAGGUCAAUUCUGUGCUAAAGUCAUUGCUUAGUGUCUUUUCCUUUACACAAAAUGCUCUUGUAGAGUUAUAAAGAAGAUAUCAAACAAGAUCCAUCAGAAGCACUAACCAUAUUAACAUUUGUGGUGAUUUUUGCAGUCACAGCAUUAAAACUUGAAAUAGUUGGCCCAAUGUUUUCAAUUUUCAAUCCAUGUCCAUCCUUGCCAUCCGUAGAAACAAACGACAAGAAAUAGUUUCAGUGCCUAGAUAUAGUCUUAAAUAACAAAACUGGACCAUUAUUUUUGGAAUUCAAUUGAUGCGAACACACACACGUUUUAGAUUUUUAAAAGAUAGCAAAUAGCCUGACAUAGCCCCUCUAUUAGUUUAUUCACCAUUUAUUAGACGUGGUACACAUUCAGUUUCGGAUCCAGUCCUUGAGAUUAGGGAGGGGCCCAGUCAUACAGACCCUGAGAUAACGGGGAGGGGGAGGGGCGGUCCCCCCGGCCCCCCUGGAUCCGCCACUGAUCAUUAAUUCUUGGUGACAUCGCUUUGUCUGUCUUUUUUUUCAGAUUUUUUGUCAAUUUAAACAACAAGCUUUUCCAGACACUUUUCGAAGUAGCUUCUACUGAAGACAGAACUUUAACACCGGAGCACAUCCGGAGUAUAGGACUUGAUUCAAAGGCCGAUCUGCAUUUCUUGUCUGACUUGGUAGAUCUUUACGGAAUUGACGUUCACAUUCCAGAACCGAAAUGUUGUCCAUUUUACGUUUAAGUCAGUGGUCUCUACGCCUGACUGAGCUUGUGCUUUAUAACAGCGCCUUCAACUCAACUUCAACCAUCCGGCCCAGGGCGGAUAAAGGUUGGGCGGUGAAACGAGCGCGUCCGAGCAAAAAGGUGUGAUGCAGUGGACUGGGACUCUGCUUAGAAAUGUCGCUUGUUUUCGACUUCGGUCAGGGCUUGCGAUCUGGUUUGUACCUUAGACACUGCCGCUGUCACUAAAUUAUGGCGGCUUGAUUUGUUUUCUUGCACUUCUUCCUUGUUCUUUUGUGCUGGUACGCUGUCUCCGAGAGGCAAAUGUUGCUAUUUUUUGCGGGAGGUUUAGUUGGAGUAGACAAACAUCUCUUUCAAAGGCUUUAAAAUUCCUUUAUUACUUCCAUGACUCUACCACUUACUUAUAUUUUCAUUCUGCUACUCGCCAAUGUCGAUGUUAUUCCAAAACAAAAACAACUAAGUACUGUCUAAAACACGAAGGAAAAUCAUGCCAUCCAUGGCAAAACUAAAAGACAGCAGAUGGUGUUUCAUAACUAGAUGACGUGUGUUUUAUAAAUGCGUGCAGCUCGUGCAAGGUAAAAUUAUGCUAAUUUCAAUCACCAUCAUCCUUCUUUUUAAUUUUGAAAAAAACAUCUCAUACGUCUUUCUGUUUCUUCGAAACUUCAAAAUUAGUUUCCCCUCAGUUUUUAUUGUUUACCUUGUUUUGUUUUAGAGAGAAAAACGGAGAAAAAACCUUACAACUAACCUCAACAAAUUUUGUUUAUAUGCGGUUGCCGGAUUUGCAACGCGUUGCGCGAAUCGCCAUGGCGCGUUACACCCGAGAAGCAAAGUUUGAAGAAGUACAACGCCACUAUAUCAAUAUAUAUCAAUCUAAUUUUUCGUUUUGUUAUAUAAAAUUUAUCCCCUUUUAACAUAUGUAAAAAUUGAGGUUAAGAAGUGUUAAGCUUUUGAGAACGAAACGGCGAAAGACGAUUAGGUGAUAUUUAGUGGAAGGAGGAGGAAUUCAACACUUUCAAAUUAAACUCAAAUUUUGGCAUUAUACGACCAACAGGUUUGACUUAUAGGCAUACAGACACAAAGAUAUGAAACUGCUUAUUGAUACUGUUAUGAAACGAAUUUAUCUAUUUAACAUUGUAGCCUGAAAUUACAGAAAGAAAAUAGGAUUUCCGGUUUGCAAAAAGGAAAAUUUCGCCGGCCUUCAAGCGCACCGGAAGCGCGGAAAGAGCGCUCGUGCCAGUCCUACUCCGCAUCACACAUUAAAUGAAGAGCGGAGCGCUCGUUUCACCGCCCAACAUUUAUCCGCCCUGAUCCGGCCUCUAUCAGAGGGCUCUCAUUCUCGAACCCAGUGCUUACGCUUCAGACUUCGCGCGAUCAUGCGCAGAAGAGCUCUGGGGUCGAGAUUGCAGAGCUCUUAAUUUCAGGGAACUACUAAGGGCAUGGGACUGAGUGUAAUAAAGAAGAGCUUUUGGCGAAAAAUUGAAAUGAAUCACCGAACGCAAGUGGCGACGUUACUUCUUCAACUGCGCAGCAGUCGGCCUUCAACGAGAGGAAACUAUAUUUAAUAACAUAUUUGGUGCUUUUUUCGUGAAGACCCAGAAGGAAGAGGAUCAAAUCCUUGACUGUCGCCAUGCUCGUCCAAUCAUGAGUGAAACCAGAAACUACCAAACCAAUCGUGGCUUGCCCUCCUUCUCCCGCGCUUUUUUGACAUCUGAUUGGUUCACCGUAUUUUCACCGGCCGGAGAAUAAAUUAGUUUGCUUUUGGAUUUACCUCUCCGAUGAAAAAGUCAAGCCAAUACGCAAGCUCUUCAAUUGGAUAUCGCGGGAAGCGGAAGGUUGAGGCACAAAUGUGUGGCUCCACGAGAAAGAUAAAUGGUACUUGAGCCUUUGAGGGUGCAAAGACUCCAAAGAAAAUGUCAGACUCCAAGAAAAUGUUUGAAAUAGCGAGCGAGAUUGUCACUGGUGGAUAAAAUACGCGCGAGAUUUUUUACCCAGUCCCCAAAGUGUAGCAUUGCAGUAGAAGUAAAAAUGUACGAAGAUCGUUUCUCAUUUGUAACAUAAGUUGAAUUUACAUAGCGUUGCAUGCCUUGAGAAAGUCACUUUCCCUGUGAUAAGUAACGACGUUAAAAGACUAGUAAUCAAGCCUUUGAAAGCAACAUCGACAAUUUUAGUGGCAAGAACGUGUAAAAGUAAUAAGCAAAACACAAACACUACACGUGCACCACACUUUUUGGUACAUCUCUUUGCUGCCACUUCACAACAACCACGUGAAAUGUGAUAGCGGAUUGUACUUUCUUUGGUUCAUAAAAUUUAGCUCCAGAAAAAAAGAAAUUCGCCUACGUUUGAUAAACUGAGCGAGUUGGAAUACGACAUACCAGUGACGGAUUCAGACCUCCAAGUAAGUCGAAGGCCUGCUCAUCCAGUCCCAGUCAACCAGAGGGGGGCCGGGCAUUAUUGCCCCUGCACGCCUGAACUUUGGAGGGGAGGUCCGGGGCCCCGGACCCCUCCUUUUGAUCCGCCACUGCAUAGGGUGGAAUUUAAUGGGAAG